AUGGACGAAAAACCUCUGAAGGGAGACUCGUUCGUGGCACGAGAUUCCCAGCAUUAUAGAUCCGACGAAAUAAAUGGGAGAUUUGUAGCUCGAGGUGUAAUUGCUACUGUUAUUGCCUUAAUCAUCAUACUUACCAUUUUGGUUAUUGUUUUGGGCUCUCUUCUUGGAAAGGCAAGGUCUGGAGGCGAGGUCGACGAUAAAUGUAAAGGCAAGUGGCUGUUAUCUUAUAAGCUGGCUCAUCCAGCCGCAGAUGAAACUAAGAUGUACGUUGUACUUAACAGUUGUUACAAACGACGUUCCACAAAUGUAGAAUUUCACUGCAUGUAGUUUUCUAAAGUUAUAAUCACACAUAUAGAUCAUGAGUUACAGAAAUAAUCAUGAACGGAAUCUAAUAAUCACAUACUACCUCACCCGGCUACUGAUUUGCUUCACAUGCGCUAUUAGUUUAGAAAUUAAAUAACCCUAAGCUGCAAACGAAAGCUAUGUAUUAAUUAAAUUAAAUGAGGUUGCUGCAGUAGUACAGAAGUAACUUCAUUUCAGAAACGUUUGACUUAUCACAAGUGCCUUGUACACGGUAUUCCAAAAAUGCCGCAUAUUGAUUAUUCCUAGCCCUGAAGCUUAUCUAGAUAAAAUACGGCUUAAAUUUGCUCACUCGCUUAAAUAUUGCCUCAGUUCUAGAAAGGUUUAAGUCCCCGCAAAAAGGUUACCAGAAUCGUUCUGUACUACAAAAGGGUUUUAUAUAGUUGGCAAGAAAUCAAGGUUAUCUGUGACCCUAUGAGGACAUAUUCAGCUAACAUUGUGUAAGAAACUGAUGAGCGCACGCCCGCCUUUUUGAUCUCCAUGUUAAAUGCUAGAUCACGCACGCUUCAUAGUAUUGGCUCAAGAUAAUUAAGUGAAAAAUUAGUAUGAGGUAUUGAUUGUCUCUCAGCUCAUGUGUUUUAAAACGUUUUUUAAAGAAAGUAUUGCUUAUUUGCUAGCUUUUCUCGUUGUUUCCUCCUUUCUUUCCUAAGCUGUCUAUCAAUUAUCUUCUUAUUUGCGUCUUAUCUGUAUGUCAUUUUUAAAGUUCUACCUUAUUGGCCAAUUCAGUUUUUAAAUUUUGCACUUGUAUCAAAUUUCCAACUGUACAGUUUUCAUACGACAUGUAUUUAAAUUGUAACGACUUUUCCUUUCUUCAGUAAAUUCCCUGCAAAAGCACGGCUUGUAAUUGUCCGUCCGAAAUAUCGGGAAAUCUCUAGUCGCUUUUAUCUUUGCUGUAAUGGCUUUUCAGUUACUAGUGUUUUGAGGUAGUAUUCAAAAGAUUAAAUUUAGAUCUGUAUACAAUGACCGUUCAAGGAUUCUUUAUCAUUUCUCCUAUUUUAAGUUUCUUGGAGAAGAAGCCGGAUCUGGAUUGCAAGUCUCAGGAGAUAAUGAAAUGCAUGCAAUUCAGUUGUUGUUUGUAACGUUUGAAAUCAUGUUGUGGAGACAUAAAUAUUCACCACGAAGCCGGAAUUUUGUCACUCAUUUCCCAAGUUCCAUAACGAAUAAGAACGCGUAGCUAAGUAAAACGUUACUAACAAAAUAGCCUGUGCCAGGCUCUCAGAUAGUAUAGUGGGAACGUCCCCAGCCCCAGCGCGUUUUUCGCAUUUCUUAUCACUGAACGACUUUCCACCACCAUCUAGGAGCCUGGAACAGGCUACUAACAAAAUGAAGCAGCCAGCCGUGACACAAACCCUUUAACUCCCGAUUGCUAAAGAGAAUGUUGAUCAAUUUUCAGCCAAUGAGUAGACUUAGUUUCUUUAAAAUGUCCAGUGACAUAAUUUUCCUUCCUUUCUUAAGAACUGCUAACAACCUCAACGCCGCCGCAGAUUCAAGUUUCAACAGUUGACCCGCCUACUCCCGGAACAGAGCCAUGGUGGAACGUACGCCUUCCAAAACAUAUUAUUCCCAGACACUAUGACGUCAUCAUAUUCGUUGAUCUAAAGAACUUUACGUUUCAUGGUAACGUAAGCAUCUUAGUUAACGUUAAAGAGCGGACCGAGUAUAUAUUGCUUCAUACUAAGGAGCUAGUGGUCACUUCAGUGGCAGUUUUCCGAUCCUCUGGCGGUAAGUAAAAUGCUAUGAAGUAAGUAAAAAUGGGACACGGUUGAUUAAAAAGUUUCUUCCUCUUCUUUUCGGUCAAGUGAGGGUCCUGAUUAAUGAUAUGGCUACGACUAUUGGCUAUAUUUUUUUCCCGCGUGAGGAAAACUUCCCAUCUAUGUCUACCAGACUUUGCUUUGUAUUCCUGCAAGGGAUAUUGAAUUAUUUAUUAGUAAUAUUGUGAAUACAUGAUAUAUGAAGGAGCCCAUCAAGUGUUAAUAAUGAUGAUGAUGAUGAUGAUGAUGAUAAUGAUCGAUGUUGAAGAUGGUAUUUUUUUGUGUUUUAUUGCCUCAGGUGAAAUGGUCGUAAAGGAGCACUUCUGGUUUAAGACGAACCAAUUUUACGUGAUCCAUUUAGAGUCCUGGUUAGAGUCGGGAGAGUACAUUAUAAAAAUGGUUUUUAAAGCAGAUUUGAAAUCAGAUCUAGGAGGAUUUUAUAGAAUGGAGUACAAGCGGAACGACGGGACAAUAACGUAAGAGCUUGAACUUUCCUUAACUUUGCACACCUUACAACCUGUAGCUCUCACAUCAUCGCCUUUCGUAUACCACCUCUGACUCCAUGCAUUGUGAAAGCAUUUGGAUUCACGACUGAAUUACUGCAUUGAACUUUUUGUGUUAGUAUGAGCCCGAUCCAUCAGCCAAAUUCUAUCAUUAUAACACAUACUAUCAACGGCAAACCUUACACUGCAACUUAAACUUUGAGUGAUCAACGGAUAUUUUGUUCUCACCGUAUUUCCUCGCAUAAGCAUCCACGCUCUAAUAACCAUCACCUCCCCCCCAAAAAAAUAUAUAUAUAUAAGCGCACACCUCAAGGCCAUAAUAUCAAAUUGAAGCGCCCCCCUCUCCUACACUUUAAUAAAGAGAAGGUAUACAAGAAAAACGGCUUCUAUCUUCGACUACAGCGGAAUCUGUAAAGGAGCAUAGUUUCUUUUGGGUUAAUUAGUCAUUUCCAGUUAUAUCUUUAUCCAAUAGCUUGCAGAAUUCCUUUAUGUGCGUUAUGUCUUAGUUUAAUUUUCGUCCCAUUGCCGCGCUCUCUCCAGUUUGUUUAAAGAGCUUUAAAGGAAAACGUAAUAAUCGCCCCCAUCGAUUAAGCGCUCCCCUUUGAAGAACCUGUACAACCCCUGAAAUGAUCCAGAACCUAAAUGAUUCCCAAAUGGGCCCCGAAAUGAUCCCAAUUCUAUAUGGAAUGAUUUCCUGCCACAGAGUUAUUACAAGUCAGCAUUUCACUACAGUUUAUGUGGAGUUUUAGCGCUUUUUGUCGUCUAAUCGCUUUUAUAUCUACUUUCGCAUCUUCAACACUAUUUUAAAAUUUUAAAAAGUGUUAAAACACCAUUUUUAAAAUUCAUUAUCCAUGCAGUUUCAACACACUUUUUUGGAAUUUAACACUUACGCAGUUUUCUCCAUAAUCACUUGAGUAAUCAUGCUAAAAAAGGUUAUGCAUUAAGAUAUUUAAUUUCUUGUUGUUAUCAGUUGCAGUUCAUGGUGUUACUAUUGUGUAUUAAAUAAUAUUUUCCUUAAAAUCCAGUUCAAAGUGUAAUCCCAAAUUAAGGUCUUUAAAGAAUACGAGCGAGUGAAGAUUAUUAGUGAAUGUUGUACACUUUGUUCGAUCCGUAGUUCUAGGAUAUCAUUCCAUUCCUAAAAUCAAUUGGGGAUCAUUUCGAGGUCGACGCAAGGAGAAAUGGGUAUCAUUUCGGAGUCGAUUGGGGGAUUAUCUCAGGGUUGGGGAUCAUUUCGGGUGCUGUACAAACAGCUCCGCAUGCAUCCUUUUAGCUGAAAUUUGAAAUAAGCGCUUGGGCGCUUAUUCCAGGAAACAGGGUAAUAUGGCCACGGCAAGAAUAAGACUGCAGAUACCUGAAUCUGAAUACGGGGUCUGAAUACGGUUAGGAGUCCAUGUGCUUAAAAAAUCAGUUGCAAGCACGGGCUAUAAUCUUAUUUUUUACGAUUCAUUACGUUCUGGAAAGAGUAAGAAUCCUGUAGACAUUCCUGCGGUGUUGUAGCCCUACAUGGAGUUUGCAGGUUUUCAUAGCAAAAUAAUGAUCUUAAGGUCGAUAAUGUUAGUCCAUGAUAAUCAAAUAUAAUGUUUUUAACAUUUCUCAAACACUUUGCAUGAAAUGCAUUUGACUUACUUUUUCUCUCAUUUCAUUUUAGACAAGUUGCAGCAACUCAAUUUUCUCCAGCGGACGCGCGGAAAGCAUUUCCGUGCUUUGAUGAGCCUGCCAUGAAAGCGACGUUUAAAAUGACAAUCGCUCAUGAUCCUAUGCUAACUGCUCUUUCAAAUAUGCCUAUUUAUAAUCACUCCAAAGAGAUGGGUGGCUGGAAAUACAGUGUGUUUCAAAAGUCUGUUGUUAUGUCUACAUACCUGGUAGCUUUUGCCGUUUGUGAUUUCGAUUUCAGAGAAUUCAUUCAUAAGAACGUAAUCAAGGUAAGUCACUGAAUAUGGGUGAUUUUAUAAGUAGGUGGAGCAUGAUAGUCCGGGUGAGCGUAGUCCUGAAUAGGACAUGUUGAAAGUGGCUGACGUUUAAUUUCGACAACCUUUAUGGUAGUCAUCUUCAGAGUCAAAGUGACGGUUGUAUCACGUCAGUUGAUGGUACAUGUAAACUCUGGUUAUUGACCUGAUUGGUCAAUGAAGCCGCGAUGUUAGGUAAGCAGUGAUGUCAUUGGCUAUGAAGACUCGAAAUGUCAUUGGUGCGUUUCGAUUCGUCUUUUGUCACGUAACAGUUUAAUAUGAAUGAUUUUGUUACCCAUUUAUUUUUCCUUUACAUUCACUAUCUUUCACCGGACAGUAGUAAACGGAUGAAAAAGGGGUUUUUAAUAUCGAAUAUUUGCAGAAAACUGAACGUCUACAAAUUUAUACAAGAGCAUUAUUUUCAGUUAACAUUCCUAAUUCACUGACUGAGUGACACCCAAUUUUUUUCAGACAUUUUGAACAAAUCGCGGGUGUCUGAUAUUGUGACACACUUAUAUUCUACCCUAAAUAAGAAGGGUGAACUUUUCAUUUACUGAGGAACUUGCAAUUACCAUAUCAAAUAAGUAAACUUUGUGAUUGUCACAGAGUUACCUGAUGAAAUACAGGUGUUUUUCUUUCCCAAAAGAACCAAGUGUCAAGUGCCUUAUAUGUGAUGUCUUGUAGGUAAGGAUAUAUGCGCCUCCAGAGCAAAUCGACCAAGCUGAGUAUGCUCGGAAAAUUUCUGACAGACUUUUUACUUUCUACGAGGAAUACUUCGAAAUAAAAUACACGUUACCAAAGUCAGGUGAGUUAAGCUUUUCAUAGAGAAUUAAAGAAGUUAUGAUUGAAAGACGAAUCCGUUAGCACAGGAUCUUUGCCUCUUUCUUAUUGUUAAACAUAUACGAAACUCUCUUUGCUUUGAAUCCCGCGUUUCUUGUUCUGGUCUGUGCAACGAUAAUGAUACAUGUUGCUAACAUCGUUUAUCGCGGAAAGGUCGUAACUAAGGGCGCUUUCCAAUAGUCAGAAUUGGCCGGCCGGACCAUGGCCGGACAAGUCAUUUUCACAGUGAAAAAAUGCUUCUUCAAAACGUUUUUUGUUGAAAAAUCCUCUCCUUCUUGCAUACUGUUUAAAAUUUGACUGAUCUGACUGAAUAGUUAUGAUUAAAAGUUAAUUUCUCAUCACGACAGGAAUGGUCUGGCUGGUCAGUUUUGACAAAUGGAAAGCACCGAAGCAUAUUUGUGCAAUUUUUGUUGUCGUGCAUCAGUGUGUUAUUUCCUUGCCGUGCCUGAAGAAAUUUUGCACCAAAUAGUUUGGUUUGCUCAAUAAGCCGGUGCUUAUUGAGUUUAUUUCUGCGGUUGGUAAACGUUUGCAACUCAAUAGUUUUCUUCCGUUUCUAAAUAGUUUUCCUUUUACUAUAUUUACAGAUAUGAUUGCCAUCCCCAAUUUUCUCUUUGGCGGAAUGGAAAACUGGGGUCUUAUAACUUACAGGGAUUGGAACCUUCUUUUUAAACCAAAUGCAUCUUCUUCCGCUAAUAAGCAGAGAGUUGCUGAGGUUGUCUCUCAUGAGUUAGCUCACCAGGUAAUAUAUUCUCUUACCGUGCCUAAUUGAAAUAAAGACCUGUAGAUUUUAAGACGAGGCCGACUACGAGGAGGAGAUUUUCUCACACCUAAGUAGCACUUGCGCGUGAGUCAGCCGGUCAUUUUGGCGGGAAAACGGGAUAGCCGCCGUCAUUCUGCGACGAUUUUUAACGGGAAUCUCGUGUCAGCGGAAAUGCGUCGAUGAAAUGAUAAAAGUUUUAUCAUUUUGAUAUCGGAAGAGGGCUUAACCUCUUUCAAUAACAAUAAAAAAGUCAACUUUUCUGCACUGUAUAAAUCAGAAAGAUCUGAUUUAAAAGUGGGGCCGUUUCGGUGAGUAAAAUAUAUUCCUAUCUUUGGGUCUAAUUUGGCCCAAAAAUAGCCUUUUGAUUGAGCUGUUUUGGCUCCAGGAGAGGCUGAAUUGACACUUCAGGGCUGAAACGUAACAGAUCUUCAUUUUCAGUGUGGGGAAAAAAUGCAUAAUCCGGGGUAUCUAUUUUUCGAGAAUAUGAGAAAAAACUUAACUUAAGUUAAAUCUCGUCCUCGCAUCUAAAGGUCUCUAAUCUUUAGUAAAUUUCCUCUACAUAACUUUUUAACUAAGGCUUAUCUUUAGUAAUAAACAAUUUGCAGUGGUUUGGAAACCUGGUGACAAUGGAAUGGUGGGAUGAUUUUUGGUUAAACGAAGGGUUUGCAAGUUUUAUGGAGUACCCAGCGACUGAUUACAUUCAUCCAGAAUGGAAGAUGGUAUGUCUUUAACACAAUAGAACUGCAAACAGUAGCCUAAAGGCUUGAGAAACUGUAAAUCCUAUUGUCGAUUACCAAAGUUGCGAGGAUUUCAAGAUCGUCAUCUUUGAACGUGAGAAGGGGAGAAUCCCCUGUGUAUUUCAGUGUAAACCUUGAUUUUUUUUUUUGCUGAGGCACAUUGAAGUUAGAAAAGUGGCUUUUAUCAAGGUGUCAACCUUUUUGCAGCUGUUUGUCGCUGAUUAGCGAGUUUUUCGAUGCUGAAAAUUGCCCUGUGCAAGAGUUCCCAGAGUUUUCCAUAGUUACACCAUAAAUACUCGUCACUGAGCAUGCGUACAUUUUCAAAUCUCGUAGUUCAUGCUCAAAAUUGAAUACUUGUCUCUGAGCAUGCGUGCAUUUUCAAGUCUUGUGGUUCACGCUCAAAAUUGCCCCAAAUUUUAUUUCACAGAUUGAUACUAGUUAGGGUAUUUGUUUCCGUUUCCACUCACCAAAUAAGAAAAUGAAGCACAUUUUGGGUGGUUUGAAGGCCUCUUCGCAGGAGAAAAUUUAAAAAAAGGAUUUUUUGGGAAAAUAUAAAUCCAAAGAAAUCGAGUCUUUUUAAAUUUUCUAAAAUAGUCUCCAACACGACUUUUAUCAUUAGGAUGACCAGAUAGUCGUUCUUGAUCUGUCGCUAGCAUUCGCAGAAGAUGGCCUGGCAAAUUCUCAUCCAAUCAGAGUCCCUAUAGAACGACCAGAGGAAAUCAGCCAGAUCUUUGACGCCAUCACCUAUGAAAAGGUACAUACAAAAUGAUUAUAUGUAUCUACUUACAUCCGCAUUUUUUUUCUUACAAUAGGACAAACUCAGUGGUCUAAUAAUUCCCUUACUAGAAAUACGUAUCUCGCCUGACUCCGUCGCGGAACUCUUUACUUAUUAAUAAUAUUCGUUCCCUCCUGAGGACUAGGAGAAACCGUAAAGGGGCGGCGGAAUCACGGCUGUCUUGUUGAUUUGUUAACAUUGCCAAUUACGAUUCCUUAAGGCUAUAGAACCUAAAGUUAUCGAAAAGUUACUUGUAAACGACAAGCUCAACAAGAUACACGUAGUUUCCACCACUCCUUAGACCUGGUCCCGACCAGAUCUAAGGACCAGUCUUUACCUUGUAGAACUGCGGCACAUAUCGUUAAAUCAUCCGCAUAUUUACAUAAACUAAUAAAAUCAUCCUGUGAGAUAUCUAAAUCAUUGAGAAACAUAUUUAAAAAAAGGUAAGGGCCGCUAACACUAAUCUGACAGCUGGUGCCCUUAUUGACCGUUCUCCAUGACUCCUUAAAAGUGUUGUGUAUACCACCCUCUGUUGUAGUCUUUUAGAAAAUCUACAUACAGUUUUAUAAUGUAAGGAUUAAUAGAAAGCUUCUUUAAUUUUGCAGCUAAUAAGUUUUUCAAACGCUUUACUGAAGUCGUUAGCGUAUAGAGACGGAUAGAAAUACAGUCCUAUUCAAACGUUCACCCGGACGAUCAUACUCAACCUACCUUUUAAUUGACUCCUGGGUUCAAACCUUUCUCAGUUAUUAACAGUCUAGGUUGUCCAAAUACCUCUGAAUUGUGUGUUGGAUGGCCAAUAACGCUCCUGUGCAAUUUCUCCCCUCUCUGUAAGCAAAUUGGCUUGGGCUAAGGUGUUUUUCCACUAUGCUCUUAGCGUGAGUCCCGCAAACGACUUUCUCGAAAACCCGUACCAUGACCAAGGGGACAUUUAUUCCUCAAUAGUCACCGUUCUCUUGAGGAAUUUUAACUUUUGGGUAAAGGGUUGAUGUUAGCCUUUUUCCAGGACCGAGGCCACGAAUGCGUGGAGAUACAAAGAUUCCAAAUCCUUGCGAUGACAGGUGUGAGUAUUUUCGCUGUGUUCCUUGCAAAUCCAGAGUGGAUCUGGACCGAUAGCGGCUCGCUUUAUUUUUCUGAGAGCGUUCCAGAAUUCAUGCUCGGUUGUCUCAGGAAUAUUUAUAUUGCUACCAAUAGCAAUAGGUGAGGGGUUGACGUAGGUAUCAUCCAUACAGAGUGUUCCAAAAUAAUCAUUUAACUGUGCCAAACUUUCGUUAUCGAGAGCCGCGAUACUGUGAGUUUUACAAAAUGCGGCGAUGUGACAAAGAGUCAACCUCUUUCCACCAGCUACAGCUACCUAGUGGGGCAGUAAGCAGGUGCCUCAUGUUCCCACUAGCACUGAUCAAGUGAGAAAUACUUUCGUUUAAGAGUCCCAAGCGAUCACUAUUCGAGCUGGAGAUCCUGGCCUCAGUUUUGAGGAGCGAUCGCGAUUUCACGAGAGGCGACCUCCACGGUGGGUCUCGUGAAGACACAUUGACGUUUCUCAGAGAAUAACAGUUAUCCAUGUGGUCAUGAAUAAUUAACUCAAGUUUGGUUACAGCCUUGUUCACAUCCGUAGCUUGAAGGACUUCUUCCCAGUUCUCCUAACGAAAGUUUUCGGUGUUCACGCGAUCGCGGAUAGAAAUUUUACUGUGGAUUGGUUUUAACUUCAAUCCCGGAGGAAAAAUAGCCGCUAAAUAGUCAGUUUAAUUAGCAUAUUCAGAAAAGGGUAACAUUUUUGUUUUGUCCAAACAAGACUUCCCCUUGUUGGGAAGUCAACAAGCGCACUGAGAUCCGACAAAAGCUGCAUUUUACUAAGAUCGAGUUUAUUCACGUUGCCACUGCAUACAAAAAAACCGUGUCUGGAUUGGUGUCAAGCGCUUUGUCAGCCAAAUCCACUAUGUAAUUGAUGAGGUCAAGCUCACUGUACAUGUGUUUUGGCGGAUGGUACAAACCACAAAGUGAAAGCCGAUGUCCCGAGGAUAAAAAAAAGAGCCAAACAGAUUAGUUCGAUUAACUUUGAGUAUUGAACGUUUAUAUUUCAAAUACUAAACUUUGAAGCUCAAGUGCAAACGUUACUGAAAUACAUUUUCGACAUAUUUUCCGUACAAUUUUCAUGUCUCUCUUUUAGAGUGCAUGUAUUCUGCGAAUGUUAGAGGCUUAUCUUGGUAAAGAGACUUUCAGGAAAGGAUUAGUGGUGAGAAAAUAACUUAAUUAAAAUAUAUAACAUCGUAAUGAUGAUCAAAAAAGGAAGUACUGUGAGGUAUAAACCAAGGGAGGUAUAAGGACCGUUGGUAUAAAGUAAUGUUCGAGCGGUGAUUUAUUUUAAAUAAGGGCUUCGUUCAUGCAGGAUUAUGUAGCUCGGUUCAUAGAAAGCCCUUCAUUCAAACCUAAUGGUCGCAGCUUUGUUUUAUAUCCUGUGAACAAAAGGUUUAUCUUUUGCAUGGCUAUUAGCGUUUACGAAGUCGUUCGCGUCGCUGGUUUUACAAAGAAACCCGCUACGCGACUGAUAAGCGAAGCGAUCGACUUCGUAAAUGCUAAAAGCCAUGCAAGAGAGAAAUCCCUGCUGGUGUUUUAAAGCUUGGACCAAAUUAUUUUCGCGUAAGGGUUAUAACCUAAUUUGGUCGUACAACCGAGGCGAUUAUCAGUCAGAGUAAGUUUCUGAAUUCACUGCCCGUGCCUCACAAAAGGCUUGACCUUUACUUGUCAAGAUGACAACUUAAAUAAUCCUCGGUUGGUACUUUGUUCUACUGAAAAUAAAAUACAUUGGCAAAUUAGGUUGUUUUGUCUGGUUUUUUUUUACAGCCUUAUAAUCGACAGUUUCUUUCCCACAUUAUUUAUGCCCCACGAGAUAACCAAUACUCAGUGAAGUCAUGCCAAUAAUUUUUGCAGUAAGACAUAUCAAGGGGAUUUGAAAUGGUACUGUGUGUUCAAUAUGGUUUUGUUCCAUGUUUGAUAUUUUCAGCGCUACCUCAAGAGGUUCGAGUUCGCCAAUGCAAACACGCAAGACUUGUGGCAAGUCUUAAGAGAGGUGAGUACGUUGGCCUGGAGCGUUUCGCGCAUUAACUUUAAAUAUCGUUUUUCUCGCAAAAACCGAGGAUGCAUGACAUCUUUGUCGAGGUGGUCCAAGAAUAAUUGCAGCUAAGGAACUAGUAUUAAAUCAAAAUAAAACUAACAAUGGCCAAACGUGCGCUCUUCUGGUAGGGGUUAAGAACAAAUUGUCGACUAGAAAAUUUGCCCCCUGGCCUUGUGUCAAAAAAGAACACAAAAUAACAAUGAGAUCAUUUUCACUACUUUGAAGCUUGGAAUAGCUAUCAUUGCCUUGACUGGAACAUACUCCAUUCUAAAUAAUUACAAAUUGUGCGUAUAGGAGAGCUGUGUCCAGGAUGGAUGCGUGGAUGUCAAGCACAUGAUGGACACGUGGACUCUUCAGAUGAACUACCCAGUGGUGGAAGUCCGACAUUCCAGCGGUGACCAGUACUUAGUCUCCCAGGAGAGGUUUCUUUACUACACUGAUACCAAUACAACUUCCAAAUAUCAGUCACCAUUUGAGUGAGUAUAGAAUGAAUAAAUAGAUUCCCGUUCCUGUACUGUUGAUAUCAGGGAUUAAGACGGUCUGCAACGCAGGCUAGCAAAAGGGUACUCAAUGUAAUAGCGUAUUUUAUCAAAGUAGGCGGGGGGGGGGUACUCUUUAAUGUUUUGAUUUACACUUGAAAAUUUUUUCAGUUUGACAUGUAAGCUCGGUGGAGUGUGCACGGAGUCCUAUAGCUAAGAACUAUGAGCAAACAGUCAUGGUGAUGACCCUACACACAUAGUACAUACAGGGGCCGAUGAGAAUGUAUAUACUAUAUUCCCCAUAAGUCACCGUCACGGAUGGAACUGCUCCUUAUGUGCUACUGUUUUACUUACAGUUUUAUGUUUUCUUGCAGUUACAAAUGGUUUGUACCAUUCACCUACAUUACAUCGUCCUCGCCAGACAAAAUUAUUUCCAAAGAAAUUAAUAUGACAUUUGGUAAGUGGAAUCAUCUUGUUCUAGAACACACCUUUCUCUCGGCUUUUGCAGCUGGAACUUCUUUUAAGUAUUAGGAAAAUCUAUUUCGAGUUGACUUGUAAAUGAAAGGGGAAGACACAAUUUUGAAAUAACUCACGACAAGACGAAGAAAUCUCGUGGAGAAAGACAGAAAAUCAUAGAACUUUUUCACAUGACGUCACGGCGGCCAUAUUGGUGUACAAAACAAUGAAACGGCGGCCAUGUUGGUGUCCAGAGAAAAUGCUUUGGCGAUUGAAUUCUUUUAAAACUUUCUUUUGUUCUAAGAAAUUUACAUAUAUAGCCUUUGGUCAUGUGGGUGAAAAAAAAAUAUAUUCCGCACAUUCUAAACGAUAAAGACCUAUCCUUGCAAAAAAGCUGGAUUGUUUUUCUUACUGUUUCUUCAUAUGAAUGGUUCGAUACUUGCGACAGAUCCUAUGACCUAAAUGCGUUUGACAGUCUAUGUCUUAGGUUGGUUAUUUUCAAUGUGGUUAACCUUGUAUUAACGGAAAGCAAAAUCUUCUAGAAUGAAAGACUUGCUCAAUUGGGGUCCGUUUGCCGGGAAGCUAGUGCUACUGGGACGCUGCACAACUUGGACGUCCCGGCCGGCUAAGGUUUCCGUCCCAAGUUUAACCUGCGAUCAGGCGUUUUUUUUUUUGCCUGUUUUUUUUUUCAAGGGCGGACGAGGCGAGAGGAAAAAAAAAUUAACGCCCUCUUCCCGUGAGACAUCAGACAUAUAGGGAUAAUAGGGAGAGGGCAUGAUCUCAG